AACAGCUCAUGUCAAAUCAAUUUCAUUUCGUAAACACACGUGCUUCGAGUGAAUCAGAUAGCUCGCAUUUCCUACACAACAUAGAUUAAAUCAUGAAAAAAGAUAAGUUGGGCGUAAAACAAACUGUAAAGAAAGCUAGUGAACUAGUAGAUAAAAAGUUAGAUUUAAUCAGAACAAUUAAUGAAGAUGAAGAUGUUGAAAAUUUGUCUGAAGAAUCGGAUGUUGAAAUUGAGUAUCAACCGACGAAACAAAAAGGCCAGAAAAAAGGUGAUUUCGACAACAAUUUCAAGUUUGUAUCAUCUGUAAAUGAAUACAAUCAUGACACCUGGGAUGAUCUGAUGAAAUUUGUUAAAAAAAAGAAUCGUGGUAAAGUUGAUGAUAAAAUUGCUAAGGUGAUCAAAAGCCGUUCGAAGGAAAAUGCAGAAGCUUUGCAGGAUGGUGAUGAUCACGAUCCAAACUCAUAUGCUGAUGAUGUUAAUUUGUCUGAUGAUGAAUUGAAACAUGAUGUUAUGAGAGUAAAGGAAAAGAAAGGUAGAAAACGGGAAGUGCCUAAUAGUGACAACAACGUGGAAAUUGAGGAUGAAGAUGAGGAGCCUCAAGAUUUUUUCGAAGAAGCUGAAAAUAAUAAUGAAAUAUCUUCUUUCUAUCAAAUGAACCUAUCUCGUCCAUUGAUGAAAGCGAUUGGUGUUCUUGGUUAUAUAUAUCCUACGCCUAUUCAGGCAGCUACGAUCCCGAUAGCGCUAUUAGGGCGUGAUAUUUGCGGAUGUGCUGCCACAGGUACUGGAAAAACCGCUGCCUAUAUGCUUCCAACAUUGGAACGUUUGUUGUAUAAACCAGCAUCAAUGCAAGCGGCGACUCGAGUUCUUGUUCUAGUUCCCACAAGAGAGUUGGGUGCACAGGUUUAUCAGGUUUCCAAACAGUUAACACAGUUUACAAGCAUUGAAGUAGGAAUUGCCAUAGGAGGAUUGGAUGUCAGGGCGCAAGAAGCGGUUCUUAGGACAAGCCCAGAUGUUGUAAUUGCUACGCCCGGUCGUUUAAUUGAUCAUAUAAAAAACACGCCCAGUUUUUCAUUGGAUUCCAUUGAGGUUCUCAUCCUAGACGAGGCAGAUCGUAUGUUAGAUGAGUAUUUCGCAGAGCAAAUGAAAGAAAUUAUCGAGAGCUGCAGUAAGACCCGUCAGACUAUGUUGUUUUCUGCUACAAUGACUGACCAAGUGAAAGAUUUAGCGGCAGUUUCGCUCACUAAACCAGUAAAAGUUUUUGUGAACAACAAUCAAACAGUUGCCUUUAAUCUACGUCAAGAGUUCAUUCGAAUUCGUGAAGGCCGUGAUGCUGAUCGUGAGCCUAUUCUAGCUGCCUUAAUCUGCCGAACAUUCCACGAUCAUUGCAUGGUAUUCGUGCAAACAAAAAAGGCGGCGCAUAGAUUGAGAAUUCUGCUCGGAUUGUUAGGAGUUAAAACAGGAGAGUUGCACGGAGAUUUAACUCAAUCUCAGCGGUUGGAAUCUUUGAAGCAAUUCAAAGAUGAAUUAAUCGAUGUACUUGUUGCUACUGAUGUUGCCGCUCGUGGAUUAGACAUAAGUGGAGUAAAAACAGUUAUAAAUUUUGUAAUGCCAGUCACGAUGGAACACUAUAUUCAUCGUGUAGGUCGAACUGCGCGAGCUGGCAAAGCUGGUGUUUCUGUCUCUUUAGCUGGCGAGAUAGAAAGAAAAAUAGUCAAAGAAAUAAUAAAACAUGCCGUGAAUCCCGUAAAAAACCGGAUUAUACCAACCGAAAUUGUCGAGAAGUACAGGAAUAAAGUACAAGCAUUGGAAGAUGAAAUAGAAAAGGUGUUACACGAAGAAAGAGCUGAAAAGUUACUACUUCAAACGGAGCAGAAGCUCCACCAAACAGAAAAUAAAUUGAAAGGCAUAAAGAAUGCACCUGGCCGUGAAUGGUUUCAAAGCCAUAGGGAAAGGAUGGAAGAAAAAGAACGACUUUCAUUGAAAACUGACCAGGAAAAAUCAAAUAAAAAGAAAAAUAAACGAAAGCGAGGUGCUGACAGUGACGAUGAUUUUGAUCCGAUUAAAUACCAACAGGAGAAGAAACAAAAAACGACAAAGAAGAAAGUAGAGUCUGCUAAGACACCGAGCCAGUUGGCGAAAGAACGUGCUUUGCAAGAACUAACUAAAGUGUCAUUAGUUCAAGCUAAGCUAGCAAAAAUAAAGAAUCGACCUUCUCGGGUUACCGUAACUAACGAAGAUCACGAAACUGACCGAACAAACGGUGUAUCUAGGAAAAAUAAUAAGAAACGCGGUUCCCGUUUCGAAAAAGACCUCACUGAUAUCAGUAAGAAAGGAGUUAAAAAAUUAAGAUACGAUGCAACAAAAAAACAGAAAAUGGAUAAAGGAAAAAUUUCCACAAUGAAAAUAAGCGCUGAUAAAUUUCGCAAUAAAAACGGUCUCAACAAACAAAACAAAGGGAAAAAUUUCGGACAAAAACAUCAGAAAAAAGGAAAAUUUUAAAUAAUUUGUACGUAAGUAAAACAUUGUAGAACCUUUUCUAGAUCAUAUGUUCAUAAUGUACACAACAUGAUUAAUAAUGGUUCAAAUUUAAGUGAGCAAAAUAAAAUAUAUGAA